CCUUCAUUCACUCGCUCGCUACGAUAGCUACGGUACCCCAACAACCCUCCCGAUCCAUCCAAGCAACCGGAUAGAUGCCCCGUUGAUCAUGGCCUCCGACCUUAUAGCCCACCACUACCUCCACACCGCCCCCUCACACAUCUCCCACCCGACGCCAAAGCCCUUCUUGGCGACCCCGAUCCCCCCAUCGCACUUCACUUUGUACACCGCUGCGAGUAACGAAACUGUGGAGCGCGUCUGGCUGAUCUUGCAUGGAGAAACCGACAUCCCGAACCCGUCUGAGCAGAUGUACGCCCUCCUCGCUACUCCGCCGCUCGCUGGCAAUCACCGAAAGCUCAUGGUGAAUACAUACGACAAGAGAAUUGUUCAGUGGGCCAUCGGGAUUGGGAACCGUGCCAUGCGCGUGGACUUGCUCUACGAGAUGGUUCUGACGCCGGGGGGGAUAAAAGAGCAGAGGGUUGUGAAAGGGUACAAAUUGGGGAGGGGGGAGAGCUGGUUUGUCGGGGAGUUUCCCGCUAUGGCUGGAAUUGUAAGUGUUGGCGGCGAGGAAGUUUGGGUUGUCACGACGGAUGGGCGGGAAGGUGGUGAAGAGGUGGUUAGUUGGAUGACGGUUGUUAGGGGCCAGGAUGGGAGGAAGAGUUAUGUUAGCACCCUUGAGACCAAGGAAGGUUAUCGGAGGUUAGGGUUGGCCAGGAUGCUUUUGGCGGGGUUCCUGAAGGGGGAGAAGGAAGAGGUUUGGAUUACCGUAUUUUGUGCUAAUUGGGUGGCAGUGGAGAUGUAUGUGAAAUUGGGCUGGAGGACGAAAAGGUGUUUGUGGGCUGUGGGGCAUGGGGGGGGUGAGGUUUAGCUUAUCUUAAGUGUUUGGGUGGGGGUUGAGUAGUCCUUAGGCGACGCCUAGAAGGUGGUGAGGAGAUUGGGUUAUCAAAUUUGCAAUUUUGAUCUCAGUGGUGGGUAUUUGUGAUUUUGCUAUUUGUGGAGUGGGUCGAAGUGGAUCUUGAAGCACA